GCAAAUCGAAGGCCGAGCUCGCGAUGCUGGAAAGCAAGGCGACGGAACAUGACGACGCGUCAUCAGGCUUGGCUCCGCCCCCUACUGGCUGGAGGCGGGAGAGGGUUUCGGGCCUGCAUUCUUUGGUCCCUGCAGGCUAUGGCUUUUCUACACUGUGGAAUGAAGGCGGUUUGGCGCUACUUUAACUACCAUGGCGCAAUUCUAUGGGAUCCUGGGAUUCGUAGUUUGGUGAAGGCACUUCCGACUCUUCAUGACCUCAUGGACCAGCCCACGCCAGAGCUUCCUGUCAGCCGUCGCCACCCCCAGCUCCUUCAAGGUCAAGCCAGUCACUUCAAGGAUACCGUCCAUCCAUCUUGCCCUUGGUCGGCCCCUUUUCCUUUUUCCUUCCAUUUUCCCCACCGUCAUUAUCUUCUCCAAGCUUUCCUGUCUUCUCAUGAGGUGGCCAAAGUACUUCAUCUUUGCCUCUGAUACCCUUCGCACCAGUGAGCAGCCGGGCAUUAUUUCCUGGAGUGUGGAUUGGUUGGAUCUUCCUUCAGUCCAAGGUGCUCCCAGAAUUUUCCUCCAACACCACAGUUCAAAAGCGUCUAUCUUCUUUCGCUCAGCCUUCCUUAUGGUCCAGCUCUCGCAUCUAUAGGUUACUACAGGGAAUACCAUUGCUUUCACUAUGCGGACCUUCGUUGCCAGUGUGAUGUCUCUUCAGUAUUUUAUCAAGGUUGCCCAUUGCUCUCCUCCCAAGAAGUAAAGGUCUUCUGAUUUCCUGGCUGCAGUCAGCAUCUGCAGUGAUCUUCACGCAUAGAAAUCCAACAUCUGUCACUGCCUCCAUGUUUUCCCCCUCUAUUUUCCAGUUAUCAAUCAGUCUGGUUGCCAAAGUCUUGGUUUUCUUGAUGUUUAACUGCAACCCAGCUUUUGCACUGUCUUCUUUCACCUUGGUGAUAAGGUUCCUCAGCUCCUCCUUGCUUUCAUCCAUCAGAGUAGUAUCAUCUGCAUAUCUAAGGUUGUUAAUGUUUUUUCCAGCAAUUUAAAUUUCAACCUUGGAUUCAUCAAGCCCUGCACAUUGCAUGAUGUGUCUUGUAAACAAGUUGAAUAGGUUGGGUGAGGAUACAGCAAUGCCGUAUUGCUUUCCCAAUCUUGAACCAGUCUGUUGUUCCAUGAUCUGUUCUUAUUAUUGCUACUUGGUCGUUAUACAGAUUUCUCAGGAGACAGACAAGGUGAUUUGGUAUCCCGAUACCACCAAGAACUUGCCACAAUUUAUUAUGAUCCACAAAGUCAAACGCUUUAGAAUAGUCAAUAAAACAAAAAUACUGUCCAUGUUCUUCUGAAACUCCCUAGCUUCCUCCAUUAUCAAGCAGAUAUUGGCAAUUUGGUCUCUCGUUCCUCUGCCUUUUCUAUAUCCAACGUGUACAUCUGGCAACUCUUACUCCAUGUAUAGCUGAAGUCUUUAGAGAUAUACGGGAUUAAAUACUGCAGCAUUUGCUCUGCCUGUCUAUGAAGCUUCGUACCACUAGAGGGUGUAGACAACACAUGGUUUUCCUAUAGGGAAAAAGCCAUAUGUCAGUGGGUCGUUGUGUGUUUUCCAUGCUGUGUGGCCAUGUUCCAGAAGUAUUAUCUCCUAACGUUUCGCCCACAUCUAUGGCAGGCAUCCUCAGAGGUUAUAAGGUACCUCACAACCUCUGAUGAUGCCUGCCAUAGAUGUGGGUGAAACAUCAGGAGAGAAUACUUAUGGAAUAUGGCCAUACAGCCCGGAAAACACACAACAACCCUGUGAUUCCAGCCAUGAAAGCCUUCAACAACACAUAUGUCAGUCGCUCUCUACCUUCCUAAUGUCACGAUCCCUUAAUACAGCUCCUCAUGUUGUGGUGACCCCCAACCAUUAAUAUAUAUUUUUUGCUAUUUCAUAACUGUAAUGUUGCUACUAUUAUGAAUCAUAAUGUAAAUAUCUGAUAUGCAGGAUAUAUUUUCAUUCACUGGACCAAAUUUGGCACAAAUAACCAAUACACCCAAAUUUGAAUACUGGUGGGGUUGGUGGGUGGAAUAAUUUUGUCAUUUGGGAGUUGCAUUUGCUGGGAUUUAUAGUUCACCUACAAUCAAAGAGCAUUCUGAACUCCACCUACGAUGGAAUUGAACUAAUCAAGGAUUCAAAAGGGGGGGGGGCAGCCAAAGUUAACAAGGAACGAUGAAUACAGCAAAUAUAAGAGUUCUAGGUAAGAACUGUUUUCUGUGUCUCACCAUCUGCAACAAUAGAAAUUAGAGGACUGAAGGAAAAUUUUGAUGGGGUAAGAUUUUUACUGGGGGGCCAUAUUCUUCCCCACCCUCUCUCUGUGCAGAGCUUGUUCUCCUGUGAUUAGAAUCAGUGGAGAUUACAGUCCAUCAACAUUUGCAAAGAACGCAAUCCCCACCCAAUGCUCCUGGCAGAGGAAGAGUCACUUGCAUAAAUCCCAGCAAACCAAAUUGCGUUUCCAGCAGGUUAACAGGUGUUCUGAAAUCCUAGUUUAAUCAAGCAUCAUGUUUGCAUGUUACCAUGCCAUUGUCUCCUCAAAAUAAUGCACGGACAGGCUGUUUGGAAAGAAAUGAGGUCAAUAGGGCAACUCCCUGAGGCACCAGCCAUGUAACUUUUAAGCCCUCCUGGCUCCUGCCUGAAACUUCCUCUCUUGCCUCUCUUUUCCUUUCCAUUUGGUUCAUUUUGUGUCAUGUCUUUUAGAUUAUAAACCUAAGAGCAUGGGCUAUCCUGUUUUAUACUUUUAAAGGGGCAUUUUAAUAGUUUUUAAUGUCUUUAUAGUUUAAUUAAUAAUAACAACUUAAUUUUUGUAUCCACCUCCAUCUCCCCAAGGGAAUCAGAGCGACUUACAUGAGGACAGGCCCGGUCAACAUCAUAGCAUAUAAUCACAUUAAAAUGCAUACACAGUAUCAUAAAACAGAAUAAAAAACAACAAUUAUAACAACAUAGCAGUUGUGAUCGAAUUAAAACAAUCUUGAGCCAACAACCAAUGAGCCUGUAAUAAAAUCCAUUUUAAAAUUACAUUUAAAAAAAUGUUUUUAUUUAUAUUAUCUUUGUUCGAAUAGGUAAACUUCCUUGAAUCCCAAUUCUCUGAAAAAAAGAAGGGAUCUUGUGCUUGAACACAAUUAGAUGCAUGACAGUCUUAGCUCUGCUUGAACUGUAAGCUAUUCUGGGAAUUGUUUUUACUAAAGAGCAAGGUUAAAAUCUUUGAAAUCAGUCAGCCUGGGUUAAUGAAUUAUUUUUUAAUGUUGUUAUUGCAGAAUCCUUGCUUUGAUAACCAGGAAAUUGGGACACUGGUGAUCACUUCUGGGUGGCCCCUCGCUCUUUUCGCUGCAAAACUGACUCACAGUCCCUCUUAGCCUCUGCUUUGCUCCUCUAUUUUUGAUCUGGUUCAAAGCCAAAUGGGGCCCCAAGCAGACUCAUAUGUAGAAAACAAAGUGUUAUGGACUCAUUCAAUCCAUUGUGAAUGCAUGCAAAGAAGCAAGAAACUAAAGGACGGUAAAGCACAAUAUGGUUCUGCUUUGGCAAAGUGCCUUCAAGUUAAGAUUUCUGGUUUAGGGAGAUCAAGAGAAUAAAAAUGUCUGCAUGAAGGAAAAUCAGAAUGAGCCCAGAGCCCAGGAAGCUUUCUGCUGUCCUCUUUGGCUGCAAUCCAUUCACUUGUACUCCACUUCAUUAAUCCUUUUUAAUUAUCCACCUCAUUAUCUAAAACCAACUGGUGCCCCAAUGCUUCUGUGCAUUCUCAUAAUCUGUGCCAAAUUACAGACCAGAAAUCACAGCAUAUGGCGAAGAAGAAGAGUGAGGCAGGAGGAUAGCCGGAAUCCAAAAGGUCAUCUCUCCCUAACAAUUGAUUUCAUAUGGAAGCAUAUCCCUGAAUUUGUGCUAUUUAUAACACAAUGUGAUGCAGCUGAUUUCUUGGAUACAUCUGCAGCCAGGUCACAGUCAUUGAGUGGUGACGCUAUGCCAGGUCUCUGGAAUGGAUCGUGAUCAAGCAUUGCUGGAGACACUCACUUAGGCUAUGGAGAAAAGAAACUAAAUAACACUGUCAUCCUGUUCUUGAAUUUCACAUAUUUUGAUCAAAUGAAGCAAGCUGGUCAGGUUAUACACAUUUAUCUGAAAAGUAAAUGCCCUGGUCAUAACUCUACAAUUUCCCAACAUGCUGCAAGAAGUAAUUGUAGAGAAAAUUGCUGCAUUAAGUGUGACUCAGCCUCAUCCAUCAGAGACCAAUGUGCCUCUUAGGUAUGAUUGAAGUCAUGAUCUAACAAAUAUAGAGAGGAAGGAUCUUUGAGAUUGUGGGCAUCUCCACACCCAUACCUAUCCCAGUUACAUAAAUUUCCAUCUUCUGCAUUUCUUAUUUCUCUUGUUUGAGUCUUCUAUUGGGUCUAGAAUAUGAAAUAAUUUCCUGCCAGAGGUGUGUACCUAGAUCAGGGUAGGCAAACAUGGCCUUCCAGAUGUUGCAUCAAGCCAGCAGAUCAGAUAAAGUCAGCAUAUGAUAUGACUUAAUGAGAGUCAGUGUAGCGGUUUGCUUGUAGGACUGGGAGGCCAGAGUAUGUAUCUCCAUUCAACUAUGAAGCCCCACUAGGUGAUCUUGGGCAAGUCAUAUUCUCUCAGCCUCGGAGAAAGACAAAGAAAAAGCCCCUCUAAACAAAACAUGACAAAAACCCUAUGAUAAGUUUGCCAUAAGUCAGAAAUGAAUUGAAGGCACACAACAACAACAGAAACUGAAGCUGAGCAACAUUUAGGGAGCCACAAUUUGCCCCCAACCACAAACCCCUUGGCCUGGACUUUCAGCCCUAUUGUUAUAAUGUAACACAUUCUCAAUUGAGAAUCAAAACUGAACUCUCCUCCAAUUUUUUUAUGAUGAAAUGAGUCUAUGUGAGGCAAUGUGUGAUGCAAUGAGUCUUGGCCCACAAAUCAAAUCCUCCACGCGCCAUGCCCAUUCCUUGAUCUCUGCAGGUGAUGGGAUGUUUAGCAGGUUCAUGUUCACUCAUGCUGUCUUAUUAGUACAGUCAACAGAAAUAACACAAAAGGAUUGUGGAGUACGAGUACUUUAAAAAACUGACUAUGUAUCUUUUAUGGAUACAUAAUCAGUGUAUCUUCCGCCAAAAGAUUUAUUCAGACCAACUUUUGGAAUUGAAACUGGUCUGUUUUUGAAGCAUGUUAAACCAAUUGAAUGCAACUGGCUGUCUCCUACUGCAAUAUCUUUAUUUUAUUUUUAUUUAUUUAUAGUCAGCAAACUAUCAAGACACUAUAUUAAUACACACAUCAUGGUUAAAAAUAAAUAUUGAUUCAAUGUUUUAUUCAGGUUGGCCUCCAUGAGAUUUUGUGUUGGUGGGAGAAAAAAAGAGGGAGCUACUUGUCCAGGACUAGACAUUUCAGAAUGGUAGUAUCAUUUCAAAGCAGAAAUCCCUAUCUAUACAGUAAUCACGAGGAAGGCUAUCUUUACAUCCCUCUGCAACUAUGGGUAUAUGCACUCUUUGUAAUUAUAGUACAGGUGUUUUGCAUCCACUAUAACAGUAACACCUCCGUCUUAUGGUAUCCUGGGAUUUGUAGCUUUGUGUGGUAUUGGAAAUUCACACUCAGAGAGCACCAGUCUGCAAAGGGUAAACUGAAAAAUUCUGUAUUUCUACACCAAUCUACAAAUCCCAAGAUUCCUCAGAAUACAGAAAUGACAAGGUGGUAUCAGAUAAUUAUAAUUGUGCACUGGGAUAUAUCUAUGUUACCAGCAGAUAAUCACGAUCCUACUGCUAUUUUAAAUAGUGCAUUUAACCAAAUCUGCUUUCUCUAAGUCCCCCAUGUAUUCCUCUCAAUUCUAACUAUUUAGCUAAUAAUAAUAAAACUGCCCAAAAUGACAACAAUAAUCAAUAAUCAGUCAAGUCUCACAAUUUUAUUAACAAAUAGCAAUGUCAAAGUUGCACCAGAAAAAAAGGCCUCAAUCCUCUUGAAGUAGCUAAUCUUUGGUGGAAAAUAGGUUUUCCUGUAGGUAAAAAAAGAAAGACAGCAUGGUUAAUUUGUAAGUGAUGUGUAAUACCAGCUACCAUCCAACAACAACUCAUAUAGAAAUCUGUCAUCUAAUACUUGAAAAUGGUUUGGUAAAUAAAGUAAUCUAUGCAAUGAUCAGGUGACAAGAAAUUCAGGUUUGAAAGGUAUUAUUGUUCAGACUUCUAAAUAUAUGUUGGUCUGCAUUGUGAAUAAUUUUGCUACUACUCUUCGAUAUUUAACUAGCUCUAAUGAUUUAACUAGCUCUAAUAGCAUGUUAUGUGCCAACAAUUUACUAGACAAGAAAGUAUUUGUUUGGAUGAUGACAUUAGAUGAAAAAGUUAAAAACAAACAUACAAAGGAGCAAUUCAUAGAGAGCAAUCCUAUGCAUAUUGACACAAAACUAAGUCCCAUAUCCAGAUCAGUAGGAUUUAGGUUAAAGGUAAAGGUUUUCCCCUGAUGUUAGUCCCGUCAGGUCUGACUCUGGGGGUUUGUGCUCAUCUCCAUUUCUAAGCCGAAGAGCCGCCAUUGUCCAUAGACACCUCCAAGGUCAUGUGGCCGGCAUGACUGCAUGGAGCACCGUUACCUUCCCGACGGAGCGGUACCUAUUGAUCUACUAACAUUGGCAUGUUUUCGAACUGCUAGGUUGGCAAAAGCUGGAGCAACAGCGGGCGCUCACUCCUCUCCCGGGAUUUGAACCUGGGACCUUUCGGUCUGCAAGUUCAGCAGCUCAGUGCUUUAACACACUUCGCCACCGGGGCUCCAGUAGGACUUACAAUGUAUUAAAAUGUUUAGCCUUAACAAGCUUAAGCAGUACUGGAAAGAUCAAUUUUUAAAGAAAGAGUUCUGAAGGCCAUUCAGUUCCAUAUCCACCCAACACAAUGGCAGCCAUCAGACUGCAAGAAUCUCCUGCUUCUGCUUACCUAUGGGAAGUCAAAGGGGAGAUGGUUCAGAUACUGAAGAAACAAUUGGUCUUAGCUCAGAGGAGUUAAGAAUGGUAUACUUAGAGUGCACCCUUUUUUUUCUUCCUUGAGAACCCAUGGCAGCCAAAUCUUCAUUGCCUGAGUUGCAUCAUACAUCCCUAUUACUAAGCAGUCACAGUAUCCCUUCUUGGAGCUUGAAGACUGCCAGAGGUCCAUUUUAGGCUCAGAGCAAAUAGCUAGCAAAUUGUUCCCUGUAGCCUGUCAGCAUGUAAGGCACACUUAUGCACAGAUAUAUCACUAACAGGACACCUCCUCAUAUUAGAAUCAUAGAGUUGGAAGAGACCACAGGGGCCAUCCUGUUAUGCAGAAACACACAAUCAAAGCACCCCUGACAAAUGGCCAUCCAGCCUCUGCUUAAAACCUCCAGAGAAGGAGGCGCCACCACACUCUGAGGCAGCAUAUUCCACUGUCAAAGAGCUCUUGUAAUUAGAAAAUUCUUAAUAAUGUUUCAGUAGAAUCUUCUUUCCUGCAAUUUGAAUCCAUUGUUCCAUGUCCUAGUCUCUGGCAGAGCAGAAAACAAGCUUGCCCCCUCCUCAAUGUGACAUCCUUUGAAAUAUUUAAACAUGGCUAUCAUGCUCCCUCUCAGCCUUUCUCCAAGCUAAACAUACCCAUAUCCCUCAGCCACUCCUCUUAGGGCUUGAUUUCCAAACAUUUGACCAUUUUAGUUGCCCUUCUCUUGCCAAUAUUCUUCUUAAAUGGUGGUGCCCAGAUCUAUCAAGAUAUCCAUUGACAAUAUAAGGUGUUUUUUUCAGGUUAUGCCACAAGAUAUACUGAUAGUGAUGUAAUGGGCUAUUCCUUUGAUUUUUAUUUUAAACAGGCUGGCACAUCUUGCACAGAUGUAUUAUUUGUUUGUUUGUUUAUUUAUAUACCGCUCUUCUCCCCCAGAUUUGGGUGAAGUCAAAGUGUUGCUGCUUUUUAGAUGUCAAGGUUGCUGUGAGUACCCAAAUAUUAGCAAACACAAGGGAAUGCUAACAAUUCCAGAACAUGGAAAGCCUGGCAUUGUGGUGGGGAUGAAUGUCUCGUGUACAUGACACAUGACCUGCCUGAUAUGUAAGCUGAGCCGAAGCACCGGUAUAGAUAUUAUCUCACAGAAUAGUAGAUCUAAGUUGUAGAUUUUGAAGUGUCAUGCAAAAUCCUCCUGUUUCACUGUAACCAAAUUUCAUCUCCAGUCAAAUUGGCAAUAAGAUAAUCUGUGCCCUGCCUAAACUGGUUACUGAUCCAAGUAGAAAAAUUGUUGUAGGAAAACAAGGUGUCAGGAGCAAGGCAGUCAUUAGCAUCAUCUUGAUCUACAAUGCCAAUUUGGCAAGAGGAGUAAAAUAAAACUACAGUGCAAAUGCUGUAUCUGGUAUUGGUUAACUUAGAGAAACUUAACUAAUAAGUUGUUUUAAAAAGAACUAGAGCCCAGGAAAUUUUCUUCUUUUAGGCUUUCGAUACCAUCGACCAUGGUAUCCUUCUGGGGAGGCUCUCUGGGAUGGGGCUCGGUGGCACGGUUUUGCAGUGGCUCCAGUCCUUCCUGGAGAUGGUGAAGCUGGGGGACACCUGCUCGGACCCCUGGCCAUUGACCUGUGGGGUUCCGCAGGGGUCUAUCUUAUCCCCAUGCUAUUUAACAUCUACAUGAAACCACUGGGAGAGGUCAUCCAGAGUUUUGGAGGGCGUUGCCAUCUCUACGCAGAUGACAUGCAAAUCCACUACUCGUUCCCAUCUGAUUCCAAGGAAGCCCCUCGGAUGCUGAACCAGUGCCUGGCCGCUGUGGCGGACUGGAUGAGGGGGAACAAGCUGAGAAUAAAUCCCGACAAGACAGAGGCCCUCCUGGUCAGUCGUGCGUUGGAUCGGGGUAUUGUGUGGCAACCUGUGCUGAACGAGGUUGCACUCCCCCUGAAAUCACAGGUCCGCAGUUUGGGGGUCCUCCUGGAUUCAGCGUUGAUGCUUGAAGCACAGGUGUCGGCGGUGGCCGGGAGGGCCUUUGCACAACUCAAACUUGUGCGCCAACUGCGACCAUACCUCGUGAAGUCUGACUUGAUCACGGUGGUCCAUGCCUUAGUUACCUCUAGACUGGACUACUGUAAUGCGCUCUACGUGGGGCUUCCCUUGAAGACGACCCGGAAAUUACAAUUGGUCCAAUGCUUGGCUGCCAGAUUAAUAACGGGGGCAAGUUACAGGGAGAGAUCCACUCCCUUGUUUAAGGAGCUCCACUGGCUGCCGUUCAUUUUCUGGGCCCAAUUCAAGGUGCAGACCAUCAUUUAUAAAGCCCUAAACGGUUUGGGACCCACCUACCUCCGUGACCGUAUCUCCUACCAUAAACCUGCCCGAUCUUUGCGAUCAUCCGGGGAGGCCCUUUUGUCACUGCUAUCUAUAUCCCAGGCCCGUCUUGUGAGUACAAGGGAGAGGGCCUUUUCCGCUGUGGCCCCCCGACUAUGGAAUUCACUACCUACUGAGAUCAGGCAUGCUCCCACUCUGUUAGCUUUUAGGAAAGACCUGAAAACAUGGCUCUUCCGCUGUGCUUUCGGUGAGUAAUUUCUGUUAUAUAUUUCUGUAUUGCUCCCCCCUCAACAUCUACCCUCUAGAUUGCCCCGCUUUCAUGUGUCCCUGUCCACAGUGGAGUACUCCUCUGUUCCUCUCACUCCGAGUUUUAUCCUUGUGCCCAUGCGGCCUGCCCUGUUUUACUGUUUUCUGAUUUUGUGAUGUAAUGUUUAUUAUCAUCUAUUGUAUUGCUUUUAAUUGUGCUAUGGUAUACUGUUUUCAUAUUUUAUUAUAUUGUACUGUUCUGGGUGUGGCCCCAUGUUAGCCGCCCCGAGUCCCCGUUGGGGAGAUGGUGGCGGGGUAUAAAUAAAGUUUUAUUAUUAUUAUUAAAUGGCAAUUGGUGAUUCCCAUUUCAAUGGGCUGCUCUUUCCAAUUUAGAUUUUAGCCUGCACUUCAAAUAAGCUAUCCACAGUGCUGAAGCUAUUGGAGGAGAAUGGUUCUGCACCUGAAUAGCUACAUUCAAAUUCAAACUAAAACAGAGAACACAAUUACCACUCCACUGACAUGAAAACUACCAACUCCAGCUCCUGCAACAGAAUAAUUGGGGAGAAUCUUCAGUUGUAUUCCAAAAAUGUCACUUUUCCAAACUGGAGGGGAUAUCAGACAAAUUUAUCUUGGAGGUCCUAUGCAUGCUACACAUUACUUCCAAGGAGAUGUAAGUUUAGCUGUUUGAGAGCCCUUGUAGUGUUAAAACUCAAACUGAGUGGGCAAGGUUCAAAUCCCCGCCCAGUCAUGAUGUGGUCACAGUGUAACCUGUCUCACAACAUUGUUGCUGUGUGUCGAUAUACAUAUUGUAGGAGGGAAUAAUGAAGAUUACAGAGGUAUGCAAAUCUUGUUUUACUGUGACACCCUCAACUUUUUGCUGAAUUCUUCUCAUUUCCUUGAGCCAUACACCACUGAAUGACUUUUUUCUUUAAGUUAGAGGGCAUCUAUAACUUAGAUGGCUUUGAUGGCUGAAAGCAAGGAGGAGCUGAGGAGCCUCAUAACCAAGGUGAAAGAAGAAAGUGCAAAAGCUGGGUUGCAGUUAAACAUCAAGAAAACCAAGAUUAUGGCAACCAGACAGGUUGACAACUGGCAAAUAGAGGGAGAAAACAUGGAGGCAGUGACAGACUUCGUAUUUCUAAGCACGAAAAUUACUGCAGAUGCAGACUGCAGCCAGGAAAUCAGAAGAUGUUUCCUUCUUGGGAGGAGAGCAAUGACCAAUCUCGAUAAAAUAAUGAAGAGUAGAGACAUCACACUGGCAAUGAAGGUCCACAUAGUUAAAGCAAUGGUAUUCUCCAUAGUAACUUAUGGAUGGGAGAGUUGGAUCAUAAGGAAGGCUGAGUGAAGGAAGAUAGAUGCUUUUGAAUUGUGGUGUUGGAGAAAAAUCCUGAGAGCGCCUUGGACCACAAGAAGAUCCAACCAGUCUAUACUCCAGGAAAUAAUGCCCGGAUGCUCACUGGAGGUAAGGAUAUUAGAGGCAAAGAUGAAAUAUUUUGGCCUCAUAAUGAGAAGACAGGAAAGCUUGGAGAAAAUAAUGAUGCUGUGGAAAACGGAAGAAAAAAGGAAGAGGGGCUGACCAAGGGCAAGAUGGAUGGAUGAUAUCCUUAAAGUGACUGGCUUGACCUUGAAGGAACUGGGGGCGGUGAUGGCCGACAGGGAGCUCUGGUGUGAACUGGUCCAUGAGGUCAUGAAGAGUCAGAAGCGACUGAAGGAAUAAACAACAACAUAACUUAGACAGUUUUCAUGCUGCAUUUAUUUGUAAGCUGGAGCCAGAUGAAGACAAGUAAUCACCCCCCCACAAAACAAAGCCUAUAGCUCCGCAUCCAACUUCAGAUUUUCCAAAAGCAAUAUCAGAUAAUGAUAUGCUAUCAUCUAAAGACCGAACAGAAGAUUCCCUACUCUAUAACCACAUUUUAUUUAACAAUAUUUUAAAAUCUUGCGAAUUAAUACCAUAAGGAACUACAUGAAUUAUUCCAAGAGAUCCCCAUAGAUGAAUAGAUCCACAUGGACACAUCUCAGAAAUCAUCUAUUCUCUACCCACGAUAUCCUCUGUAUGAUGCCAACUCUGUGACAGCUGACGUUUUUCUUUUCACCCAGGCAGCAACAAAACUUUGGGCAAAAUUGACAUUCUAACAGGAUAUCUCCAGUUAAAAGACCCUUCAGAGUUUAGAAAAAACUGGGAGCCCUUCAAAAGGUUUUUAGAAGGAAAGAUUAUUUCAACGUGGGGGUUUCAAGUUUGACUAUUAUAAAAUUUAAUUUUCAUCACUCUGUUUAACUUCCCUCUGAAAAAAGUCAUGAUGAAGAAUCUUUUGGAACUAUUUGAUGUGACUUUCUUUUCUAUAGUACAUGUAUUAUGGCAGAAUUCUUGAGAUGUGAAUGUUACGUUUGUGUUCAGCAAAGGUAUUAUGUGUGGUUCCUGAUAUUUUUUUCCUUUUCUUUCUUAUCUUUCUUCCCUACUUUUCUUUACCUAAAAUGUUCCCCCACUUUUUAUGUAGUAAAUUUUUUUCUUUAUAAUAAAAAUAUACAUUAAAAAACGUUGGGCAACAUUUAUUGCUGGUACUCCAGUUGAGGAUGUUUGUUUAAUUUAUUUUUACUUAAUCUAAAUUUAAGUAUUGCUGUUUAUAUUUAACUAGCAUAUCUACCUGGCAUUGCCCAAGUGUAGGAGGGGCCACUGUCUCCCCACACACACACACUCCCACACUUUCAUCCCUUCUUUCUCCUUCUCCCUCCCUCCCUUCUCCUUUCCCUUCUCUUUCUAUUUCUUUCCUUCCUCUCCCCUUUCUCCCUUCUCCAGCUCUGAGAGAACCUCACAAUGUCUCCAAAGCAACAUGGUUCAUUUUGUGGCUCUUUCCUUUCUUCCUUUCUUCCCCUCAUAUACAUGUCACUUUUCUUUCCCAGUGAUAUCACAGAGGGGCACUUCACCUAGCACAGCCAAUCAAGUGACAUCACAAGGUACCACUGAAUUAUCACCUAGCAACAGCCUUUGUUGUACAGAACAACAGACAGACACACUUUGACUUGCAUGUGUGUGUGUAUUUAACUGUAUUAUAUUGUUAAUAUCCAAGAUCUAUAUAUGCCAACUAUUUUAGGCAGUUCUUUGAUGUUUGUGCUCUUUUUAUUGUAUGUAUUUUGUACACAAGCUGUCUAUUGUAUAAGCAUAAAUAAUAAACUCCUACCACAAAUACAUAAUCCAGGCAUCCUAAAUGGUUGGUUAUCUCAAGCACUGAGAGCUGCGGUGGCGCAAUGGGUUAAACCCUUGUGCCACCUGAACUGCUGACUGAAAGAUCUAAAGGUUAGCUGUUCAAAUCCACGUGACGGGGUGAGUGCCCGUCUGUCAGCCCCAGCUUCCUAUGUGGGGACAUGAGAGAAGCCUCUUACAGGAUGGUAACACAUCCAGGCAUUUCCUGAGCAACGUCUCUGUAGACUGCCAAAUCUCUCACACCACAAGCAGCAUGCAAUAUAUUCUCAAUUCGCUUCUGACAUGAUAAAAAAAUCUCAAGCACUGAAACUCUCACUUUUGGGUCAUAUGGAUAUGCACCAAGGUAUGUGAAAGACAAGAAAACUUACUUAUGAAAUUACAUUCUAUCCCUAAUGUCCCAGAGAACACCAUCCAAACUGAUAUGCAACCCUUUACAGUAAAAUCCCAUACAAUGACUAACUCAUAAUGAAUACAAUUUUCAAUGGAGUCAUGACUCAUCUAGCUACCAACCUCUGCCACUUUGUACUGAUAUGUAGCUACUUCGUUUUUGGAAAUAACAUAUGCCUACAAGUUAAUGGUAUGUUAUAGGAAUUCACUUGGAACUUUUAAACAUUACUAAUUAGGGAUCUUUUUGGUGGGAGCGAAACUUAAAACACUGCCAAAGAAUCAAGAAUAAUGCCCUCGAUCACUUUUGAGCUCAUAAACUGUUAGAAGCAUUACAUCUGAUAUGUACAUAGUUGGAACAUUUCCACAACAAGGUCAUUACAUCGGUUGUGCAAGUAAGCUGAGCUAGCUGUCCUCCAGCUCAUGUAUAUGACACAUGAUAUGGGCACUUGGCAAUCACAAUGAUUGCCUGGCAGGAACUCCUCUGAUGCUGCAGCUGGAAAAAGUGCUCCUGCGGUCCCAGAAAUCGCUGCCACCAAUCAUUACGAUUGCCUGGUUCACACUUUAGAUUUGUACACUGAAUUUUUUUUUCCAAAAUGCAGGCAAGGUCUUGUAUUAUUUUUCAUUGGUAAAUUAUCAUCAUAUUAAAUAGAGGAGAGAUAAAAACCUGCCAAUUUAGCACCAUAACUGGCCUGUGAAUGUUUAACAGAAAUGAUUAUUUAAAAGACAGAAAAAAGAUCACAUUCUCAAGGUAUGCAAUUAAAAGAGUAACAUUUCUCCAUUAGAUUAAGGUGGGAACAAGAAGUGGUCAGUCUCCCAGUGUGGGGGGGAUUAGACUACAGUUUCCAAGGUUCAUAGCAUCAGACUCUGCCUCUCUAAAGGGCAUUUGGCAAAGAGUUCCAGAAUUACACUUUGUCCAUCUUGAUGUACACUUACGCUAACCUAGCUUACAAGGCUAUUUUAAGGGUUACUAAAAUGUGUGUAUGGAAUAAUUUGAGUAUUUUAAAGUGCUGUAUUAUAAAUGUCAAGUUUUAUUAUUUUCUCUAUAUGUAGCCAAUUAUUAAUCUUCUCCAUUGACAAUAAUUUAUAAUAGCUAUUACUUUGUUGACUAUCAAGCUCACCAUGACAACUCCCUUUGAAAAGGAAAUUGAACAUCAUCAUUAUUCUUAUAUCUGAAACAUUAAUUAACACUGUUUUGACAUCCAUACAGGCUCAAUUAAAACACACACAAACACAGAAGCCAUUCUACUGCCUAAUCAGAUUCCAAAGUUACAGCUACACUAUGUUUUUUACAGGGUUUUCUAGGGUUGAAAGUGUGUGAGUUUUGGCCAGAAUCACCCAGUGGGUUUCCAUGGUGAAGCAGGGAACCAAACCCGGGUCUUUGGAGCCAUGGCCCAAUAGUCCAAUAUUCAAACCACUAAACCAGGACGACUCUCAUAUGAGGCACAAAAAGUAAGUUUUGUCCAAUGAACCCUCAAGACUGACAGUUAUUUUAGGUUUAUUGGCUGGAUUGAUGGUUGUUUUAUAUUUUGUUAUAAUGUUCCUGUUUUAUUCUGUUUUAUGUUAUUGUCUAUGUACUUACUAUGUACUAUGUAUGUAUUUAGUACUGUAUGUUAUAUUUUAUAUUUUAGCUAUGUUGAUUGGGCUCGUCCCCAUGUAAGCCACCCUGUGUCCCUUCAGGGAGAUGGAGGCAGGAUAGCAUUAUCAUCAUCAUCAUCAAGACUUGAUUUUUGUAAUGCAGUGUCUCAAAACGUUAAUCCUCAGACUACAACUCCUAAACACUCUGAGAGUUAAGAGUCUCAACAAUUAGAGGACCUAAAGAUGCCCACAAAUGCUUCAGGGGAUGGAAGGGAUAUUUUUUGGAGCUGUGGUAAGUGAAACCAUGGAUACAGAAUCCAUGGAUAAUAGCAUCAUAUAGUGUACUAGAACGAGCACAUUCAAUCACAUGAAACAUCCCAUUGUUUACGAUAACAUUCAUUUUAUUUCUUUUGGAUAUUUAAUAAAGCAGUACAGCUUUAUAUUCACUAAUCCUUUCAACUAAUGGGGGCUUUAAAAGGGCUGCUUGUUUUGUUUUGUUUUUUAAGUGAACCAGUUCUUUGGGUUGUGUGUCAUAUGCCUGUGCAAAAGGAACCCAGUUCACUUCUAAAAUGCAGUGUCGUGUUUUUGGGUUAACCUCUUCAAUUCAUUUCAAACACUGGAUUUGUUUACUAUGAGACAAAGCGGUGGGGGAGAAGUCAUGUUAAGUAACUCCAAAGAAUUGACCCAUCACACCAGCGAUACAGUACACCUGCUUCUUUAUAAAACGCACCUGUCAACAACAAGAGAGGAUUACAGUAAUUCUUCUGGGUAACUUUUGAUGUUCUGAUUACAUAAUUGUAUUGAUUACAUAACUGCACAGCUGAUAAUUCUGCAACCUAGAGUCAUGAACACAAUAGUCCUGAUUUGGAAGAGCAUUAUUAUUACCUGGUGUAUAAACACAGGCCUGUUUUCCCUCACAGUGCUAUGAACCAUAGUUCAAACAUACAGAUACCUACCUGCCCACUUUGUAACCAAAAAUACCACUGUCAUUAUUUCCACAAUAAAGAGUUCACCCACAGAUUAAUUAUCAUGGUGCAGGAGAGAUUCUGGCAUAGCAGGCUGGACAAUCACUUUUUUAAAAAUCCAAUUAAAACAUUUUAAUUGCUCUCUCUCUCUUGCCAUGUCACUGUCUUGUUUGUUCAACACAUCUCUAUGGUUUGGUAGUGAAGUGUAUAUAUGUGUGUUGUACCUUUGGGCUUGGAACUGAAGUGUCUAUGUGUGUCUUGUCCCUUUGGAUCUCUUUGUUUAUGUCAGAAGAGCCCAAUUCUCCUUGAGUCUUCCUAUAUUCAACAGACCUCAUUUCCGAGAAAGUGUGGAUAGGAAGUGAAUUCUUAAAAGCUCAUUUAAUGCACGUUUGGAGGGUUUCCUUAAUCUGAAUUUUGUUAAGGACCCAUGAACUGCCAAGCUGUAUCUAAUGUCAAAGGAAAGUAUCUAAUUCCUAACAUCCUCCCUGCGCUGGCUAUACAAAUCCAUGUCAAAUUUGAAAAGCGAAGCAACACAUAGACCUUGGGUGCAUCUACACCAGGCAUGGGCAAACAGUUUGCCCAUGCCUGAUCUACACUGUGGGGUUAAUGCAGCUUGGAACCUCUUUAACCGCCAGGACUGAAUGCCAUGGAGUCCUGGGGGUGAGACCUCAGCGCUCUGGCACAGGAAACUAAAACCUUGUAUGACUAUGAUUUCAUAGGCAGUUAAAUUGAUUGUCAUUUAUGCAUUUCAAUAUUACAGUACAUAUAUAUUGGUCAUGACUUUAUGGUUUUAUGUUUUUAUUUUUAAUACUUCUUUGUUUCUCUUUUUGUAUGUUUUGGGUUUUAAAUUGUACGUUUUCAUUUUAUUGUUGAACAUGGUGAGCUGCCUUGCAUCUUUUUAAGAGAGAAAAAGUGGGAUGAUAUUGGGGUGUUGUGUUGUUACUAUGCCGUGUGCUAGCCACAUUUUUUCCAGGAUGUUUUGCCUGCAUCUGUGGCUGGCAUCUUCAGAAGAUGAUAUUAUUAUUAUUAUUAUUAUUAUUAUUAUUAUUAUUAUUAUUAUUAUUAUUAUUAUUAUUACAGUAGAGUCUCACUUAUCCAAGCUAAACGGGCUGGCAGAAACUUGGAUAAGCAAAUAUCUUGGAUAAUAAGAAGGGAUUAAGGAAAAGCCUAUUAAACAUCAAAUUAGGUUAUGAUUUUACAAAUUAAGCAUCAAAACAUCAUGUUUUACAACAAAUUUGACAGAAAAAGUAGAAUACGCAGUAAUGUUAUGUUAUAAUUACUGUAUUUACGAAUUUAGUACCAAAAUAUCAUGAUAUAUUGAAAACAUUGACUACAAAAAUGCCUUGGAUAAUCCAGAGGCUUGGAUAAGCGAGGCUUGGAUAAGUGAGACUCUACUGUAUUAUUAUUGGAAUAUUAUUAUUGUUAUUAAGAAAAUAUUUUUAUUUUUGUUGUUGAGAUGAUAUUGUUGUUAUUAGGAUGAUACUAUUAUUAUUGGGAUGAUAUUAUUAUUAUUACUAUUAUAAUUUGACAAGCCAAUAAAAUCAAACUUUUUGUCAUCAUCAGAAAUGAGAGUAGCACAGUUUAAAUCAAUUUAUGCUAAUUUUAAAUAUGUAUUUAUUUAUAUUUCCAUCAUGUCAAUUUUUUAAAAUAAUACGAAUGGUACAUUACAGAGGCUACUGUAAAGUCUACACAUUUCACGUCGUAUUUGUGUAACACAGUGGUUCUCAAC